AUGGCCGCCGCCUUCCCCAACUCAUCACUCACCUCUCUCCCAAAACCCACCUCAGAUCACACCCCAAUUCUCUUGUCCCUCUCCACCUCUAUCCCAAAACCAAAUGUCUUCCAUUUUGAGAAUGGGUGGCUCAAACGCCGUGAUUUCCUCCCCACCAUUCUUCCUGCCUGGCAGGCAGCGAACGGUCGUGAUGCCGCUGCUAUGCUGGUGGGGUCUCUCAAAGCGGUCCGUGGCGCGUCGAAGGCUUGGGCGCGGAGUAAGCGUGCACCACCAUCCCUCCACCUCAAUCGCAAGUUUGUGAUUUAUCUGUUUGACGUGCUCGAGGAGGCUCAUGUUCUAUCUGCAGGAGAGACCGUGUUGCGGCAGGCAUGCAGGGAUCGCUUGGCGAUCUCCCUACGUGAACGGGCGGCGUACUGGAAACGGCGUGGUAAACACUGCGCGAUCCGAGAAGGGGAUGCGAACACCGGCUUCUUCCACGCGCACGCCAGCCAGUGCAUGCAACAUAACCAGAUCAGGGCUCUGGAGAUCGACGGCGUCCUUCUCUCGUCUCAUGACGCCAAGACCAGCGCGCUCACCUCGCACCUGCGCGCCCUGCUGGGCAGUGCGGUUCCCACAGACACCCUCGACGUGGAGGCGCUGUACGCGGGGGCGAUGCCGGUGGACCAGGAAAACCUGAUCGCCCCCUUCACAGAGGCGGAAGCAAAAGCUGCGGUCCGGGCCAUGAACUGCAACAGCUCGCCUGGGCCUGAUGGCUUCGGGCCGGGGUUCUACACUACGGCGUGGCCGGCGGUCGCGUGCGCCGUGAUGAAUUUUGCCGCGGAAUUCCACCAGGGCACGGCGGACCUGGAACGGCUGAACCGCUCAUACAUCGUCAUGCUACCAAAGCACGGUGCGGCCCGCAGCCCCGGUGAUUACCGGGCGAUCUGCCUGCAGAAUUGCUCUCUGAAGAUUGCAUCCAAAAUGCUCACGAUGAGGCUCCAACAGGGGAUUCCCAAGCUGAUUGAUAUGGAUCAGACAGGCUUCAUCCAUGGUCGUUCCAUCUCUGAGAACUUCAUCUACGCCAUGGAACUGGUCCAGUGCCGCAAUCAGCGGAAGCUGUCGACCCUGCUGUUGAAGCUGGAUUUCGCAAAGGCUUUCGAUUACGUGGAUUGGGGCAGCUUGGCGGCGGCCAUGCUCGCGCAUGGUUUCCCACAAAAUGGUGCCAGUGGGUCGCCAACAUCCUCACCACCACCAAGCUCGCCGUCCUUGUCAAUGGGGCUCCAGGGCCGUGGUUCGGCUGCAAACGGGGGCUCCGCCAGGGGGGCCCUCUGUCCCCCUAUCUGUUCCUCCUGGUGGCCGACGUUCUCCAGCAGAUGA